AUAUAAUGCCCGCUGCCCUUUGCUUUUAUAUCAUUGUUUUUCGCUAAUGAUUUCACAUCUCCCUGGCCAGCAUCCAUGGACAGUGUGCCAUCAUUAUGUUUGAUGUCACCGCUCGACUUACUUACAAAAACGUUCCAACUUGGCACAGAGAUCUCUGCAGGGUCUGCGAGAACAUUCCUAUUGUUCUUUGUGGAAACAAGAUAGAUGUUAAGAACAGGCAGGUGAAGGCAAAAAUGGUCACAUUUCACAGGAAGAAGAAUCUUCAGUACUAUGAAAUCUCUGCCAAAAGCAAUUACAAUUUUGAGAAGCCAUUCUUAUAUCUAGCAAGAAAACUUGCAGGGGAUCAAAACCUUCACUUUGUUGAGUCCCCUGCUCUUGCUCCUCCAGAAGUGCAAAUCGACCUUGCUCAACAGCAACUGCAUGAGCAGGAGCUUGCUGCUGCAGCUGCCCAGCCCCUUCCUGAUGAUGAUGACGAGUCUCUCGAUUAAGGUGAAUGCCCUGAAUAACCUGGAAUGAGUUAUGGUCUAAACAAACGCCUUGUAUGUUGAGGAGAUUUAUUCGUUCUGAAUGCAAGGCGAUUUAUUAUCAGAAUGUUACUAGAGUCGAUUGCAUACUGUCAUUUACCUUUAUUCCAUUUAAAUUGGUUGUAAACUUGUGGUGUGUGGAAUUCCUGUUUCCAAAUGUUUUUGAGGUGUCAAAAUUUUCAGUAUUUCUGAGAUUUUGAAAUUUUCGUCUCCAAAACAUGGUUUUCUUGUGAUUUUAAGAUUUUAAAUUUGCUCUAUUGAACCUCUAUAUUAAAUCAAAGUUCCUUGCA